UAAAAGCAAAAUGGCCAGACCGUGGAAUCCAGAUUUUCAACACACAGAUCGAGAACGUUGGAUAUGUGUGUACCCUGCCUAUAUCAACAGUCGUAAAAGUGUGUUAGAAGGAAGGAAAAUUCCAAAGGAUAAAGCUGUGGAUAACCCAACAUAUUCUGAAAUCCGUGAUAUAUGUGCAUCUGCAGGAAUGACAGUAGGAGUAGAGAAUAAAGUAUAUCCACGAGAAAGGGAUCCUAGGGACAUGAGAUUCAGAGGAAGAAUCAGAAUACAGUUGAAAAAAGAAGAUGGUACUCCAAUGUUAGAUAAAUUUCCAACUAGAAAAUCGGUUUUCUUGUAUCUUGGAGAAAUGAUUCCAAAAUUAAAAGGACGUGCACAAAGUCAUGGUAAUAAAGAACAGCAGACCAGUCAACAACAAGGAAACACUGGCGCACAGAAAGGAAAGAAGGGAAAAGGAAAAGGCAAAAGAUAACAUUCUGCUCAGUAAUAGAGGAAGAACUUUUUCAGGAGAGAUGCAUGUUAGAAACAGACUUGACAUAACCACUUUCUCUCGAUUCACUUUGGGAUCAUAAGUUUUGUAUUUAGAACACAGUGCCACCUCUAACGAAAAGAUAUCUGUGAAUGAACCCAGUGUAAAGAGAGGACAAUAAGACAAACUUUAACAAAAGAGUAGACCUUUCUUUAAUGCUCCAAGCAACGUGAAUUACAUCAAAUGCCUGCAAAUAAGUGGCAGACUUUCAUGGGCAAAUAAUAACCAAAACAAAAUGGGCCGUUUGGUAAAAACAAGGACACCAGAUUUAAGUUUGCCUUCUUGUUUUUUAUUUUUGAAUACUAAACAUGAACACAGAAAGGCGGACAUCACAAUUGCCACUGAAAACUGAAGUAUGUCUUAGCACUUUUCAGUGCUCGUACUUAUUUAUAUACACACACACACGGUAAUAGAUCUUACAAAAAUAAUAAAUAAAUAAUUGUUUUACAA